CCUCGUUACGGAGAACGUCCGUAACAACUGGUGCUUUCAUCCCGUACUCAUGCCGUCAACAUACCAUGGCCCAUCUACGUCGGAACGGCCGACGAGGGAAGCGACGCCGGCGCUGCAUAUAGGCCAGCCGCGUCGUCCCGACCAAUCGGGGAAGGCUUCGGUCGACCCAAUCACAUUAGGGUUUGCCAAAUUAAAUGCACGCCUCGACAGUAUGGAUCGACGGGUGGACAUAUUGGAGUCGCGUAUGAACACGAACGACCGGCGACUAGGGAAGCUUCGACCGCCACAACGGCCUGAUCCGGAACCACCUUACGGUCUUCCUGAUCGUGGUGGCGCUGAUUGGGACAAGCAGCAUCGACGUUACACCCAGCCUACGUACCGGCGGCCACAACACCACCAGUCGGAUAGGUACCCACCGCCGCCUCCGUAUCAGCCGGAUAGACGCCGGCCGUACCACCUCCACCAAACUCGUUAUCCACUGCCCGAACACUAUCAACCCUUCGACUAUGGAGAGGUCAUUACUCACACGCAUUCGCCAACACGAGACGGCGACGGGGAGCUGUGUGAUUCAGAGGACUCCAUAUUAGAUGCAGAGCUUUGUGAUUCAGAGAACUCCAUAUUAGAGGCAGUAGCAAAGAAACUCAUGGAUCGUGGCUUGCCUAGUGAGAAUUGGGGAUCUAGGGAAGGUAGAGAUGGCAGACUCGAAGACCAACAAGUUCCAUCUUUUGAUGAAAUUGACCCACCGUGCAGCCCCGAUAUGAGUAAAGAGACGGAGGAAGAGGCAUUAUUAGAUGAUGUAGAGGAGGUUGAUUCCAUUGAGGAAGUGAAGAAGGCUGUCGUUGCUCGAGUGACAUCCCAAGAUGUUGUUGGGAAUUGUUUGGGUGAAAAGGGAGAGUUGCGUGAUAGUGAUGUUGCAAGAAUAUUUCAGCGACCGACAUUGCUUGCCAUCGAUGCACGGAUGGUCCCGCCGCGAAAUUACACGGCGUGUUUGGGAGUUCGUGGACGUGUUAACAAGCUUCACGUUUUAGCGCUGAAUUUUGACGACUGUUUUGAUCCUACCUUGAUGAUUUUUUAUGGAGAAGGUGAAGUGACACGUCCAACUAUUCGGUAUGCAUUUGAUCCAGGAGGAGACGCCUCGCCAAGCUUGUGCUUUCAACUCUCGUCUUUGGUUCGUGGUUCCCACCUUGAGGACAAGGUGGAUUUUAACCGUGGGGGAGUUGUUACGAUCCCCCUAUAUCUUAGGAUUCCCCAAAUAUUUAGUUAUCUUUUUAUUAUUCCCCAUAUCUUUUGAUUCAUAGUAUAUUUUCAUAUCUUGUUUUCUUGUUCCCUAAGCUAGUAUUCUAGUAUUAUAAAUAGGGCUAGGUUGUUAUC